CAGAACUCAGCCGGGCGCCGGGCUCCUGCCAGGCAGCGCCGGGAAGCGCGGGCGGCCGAGAACUCCUUCCUGCUACUUCGCCCAGCGCCCCUGCUUCGGCUUCCCAGCGAGGUGGGAGACCUUCCUCCCUGUUUGCAGACGUCCGUGGGAGACCCUUAUAUUUUUCACCGCUAAGGUUAAGAGAUUCUGGAAUAGGAGCGUCGGAGGAGAUCAAGUGAACCUUCUACAACUCCUCGGAUGUCGCCAGGCUCCCUUUCGGGGCGGAAGACUACGUUUGAGCAUCUCACCGAGGUGCAGGAAUGGAAGAACCCACCUUGCAGCUUUUCUGCAGUGUGGCUUGCCUGAUCUACCCCUGGGAAUGAAGAGGAGGCUUGUAAUAACCCAGUGCAGUACAGAUGUUAAAGAGGAUAUCGCAGAACCUAAACUUGUGAUCGUUUGGGGGAGGUCACACACGUUUCUGAGUGGAAAUGGACGGGCGUGAACGACGUGCCCUCUUAAAAAGCACAACAAUCCUCUAAGAGGAGCGAAAUUGAGUUUUCCCAUUUCGGCCAAGAUUUUGAAGACAGUUCAAUGUAUUGUACAUUUGACAUAAGAUGAGAACUUUCUAAAGUAUUCUCUCCGAGAGCGUAAACGAUGACUACCCCAGCCCUGCUGCCCCUCUCUGGACGUAGGAUACCACCUCUGAACCUGGGGCCGCCCUCCUUCCCACAUCACAGGGCUACCUUGAGACUUUCUGAGAAGUUUAUUCUUCUCCUUAUUCUUAGUGCCUUCAUCACCCUGUGUUUUGGGGCAUUCUUUUUCCUUCCAGACUCUUCAAAACACAAACGCUUUGAUUUGGGUUUAGAAGAUGUGUUAAUUCCACAUGUAGAUGCCGGUAAAGGGGCUAAAAACCCUGGAGUCUUCCUGAUCCAUGGACCCGAUGAACAUAGACACAGGGAAGAAGAAGAACGUCUGAGAAAUAAAAUUCGAGCUGAUCAUGAGAAGGCCUUGGAAGAAGCAAAAGAAAAAUUAAGAAAGUCAAGAGAGGAAAUUCGAGCAGAAAUUCAGACAGAGAAAAAUAAAGUAGUCCAAGAAAUGAAGAUAAAAGAGAACAAGCCACUGCCACCAGUCCCUAUUCCCAACCUUGUAGGAAUAAGUGGUGGAGACCCAGAAGAUAAUGACAUAAGAGAGAAAAGGGAAAAAAUUAAAGAGAUGAUGAAACAUGCUUGGGAUAACUAUAGGACAUAUGGGUGGGGACAUAAUGAACUCAGACCUAUUGCAAGGAAAGGACACUCCCCUAACAUAUUUGGAAGUUCACAAAUGGGUGCUACCAUAGUAGAUGCUUUGGAUACCCUUUAUAUCAUGGGACUUCAUGCCGAAUUCCUAGAUGGGCAAAGAUGGAUUGAAGACAACCUUGAUUUCAGUGUGAAUUCAGAGGUGUCUGUGUUUGAAGUCAACAUUCGAUUUAUUGGAGGCCUACUUGCAGCAUAUUACCUAUCAGGAGAGGAGAUAUUCAAGAUUAAAGCAGUGCAAUUGGCUGAGAAACUCCUUCCUGCCUUUAACACACCUACUGGGAUUCCUUGGGCAAUGGUGAAUUUGAAAAGUGGAGUAGGGCGAAACUGGGGCUGGGCAUCUGCAGGUAGCAGCAUUCUGGCUGAAUUUGGUACACUACAUAUGGAGUUCAUCCACCUCAGCUACUUGACAGGGGACCUGAUUUACUACAAAAAGGUUAUGCACAUUCGGAAACUACUUCAGAAAAUGGAUCGUCCAAAUGGUCUUUAUCCAAAUUAUUUGAACCCCAGGACAGGGCGCUGGGGUCAGUACCAUACAUCUGUUGGCGGUCUGGGAGACAGUUUUUAUGAAUACUUACUGAAAGCAUGGUUGAUGUCAGAUAAAACAGACCAUGAGGCAAGAAAGAUGUAUGAUGAUGCUAUUGAGGCUAUAGAAAAACAUCUUAUUAAGAAAUCUCGUGGAGGUCUUGUCUUUAUUGGAGAAUGGAAGAAUGGGCACUUGGAAAAAAAGAUGGGGCAUUUGGCCUGCUUUGCUGGGGGAAUGUUUGCACUGGGAGCGGAUGGUUCCAGAACAGAUAAAGCUGGUCAUUAUUUAGAACUGGGGGCAGAAAUUGCACGUACUUGUCAUGAGUCGUAUGACAGAACUGCAUUAAAGCUAGGUCCUGAAUCAUUCAAGUUUGAUGGUGCAGUGGAGGCUGUGGCUGUCCGGCAGGCUGAAAAGUAUUAUAUCCUCCGUCCAGAAGUAAUUGAAACCUAUUGGUACCUAUGGCGAUUCACUCAUGAUCCAAGAUACAGGCAAUGGGGCUGGGAAGCAGCACUGGCCAUUGAAAAGUAUUGCCGAGUUAGUGGUGGAUUUUCUGGAGUUAAAGAUGUAUAUUCCUCUACUCCUACACAUGAUGAUGUACAGCAGAGCUUUUUUCUUGCUGAAACAUUAAAAUAUUUGUAUCUGCUGUUCUCCGGUGAUGACCUUUUACCUUUAGACCACUGGGUGUUUAAUACAGAGGCUCACCCUCUGCCUGUGUUACAUUUAGCCAACACCACACUUUCAGGUAAUCCUGCUGUCCGAUGAAAGCAGUUCCAGAAGGACCAUUCUCACCUGUGUUUUGUUUACAUGGACCACUACAGAAAUUAGUUUGAAGAGGCGGCUUUUGAAAACCUGGACCUCUAUGUCAACAUGACAGGGUGAAACUAUUCCCCCUAAGACUUUCCAACUUGUAGAUACGUCAACUUUGAAAUUAUUCCAUUUUAUACCUGACCAAAACAUGUUCUGGUAUAUGUAGGACAGAGACCUGGAUGUGCUUUGAUCGUUAAUGAGGUGGUCACAUGAGAAAUGUUGCCUGUUUCUACUGUAUUGUUUUUAGAGUCCUGAAGUCUGGAGGCUAGACUUCCUGAAAGCAAGCCAAGAAUAUAGAGCACCUUGCAGGAGUUCAAGAUGGCCUUUGGAACCAAUUAUAUAUUUGUUUCCUCCUACAGUGGAGCAGCAUUCAAAUCAAAUAUUUACAUAUUGCUUAUCACUUUUUCUCCAUUUUAAUAAUGGAAUGAACUAAAAUAAACAAGAAUGAAAGAAUAGUAUAAUUGUAUCAGUAACAAGAAGACUCAAAAAAGAAAUAGGAGUACCUAACCCUAUCUGAAUUUUCAAGUUCCCCAUUGGAUGACCAGACUGGCAACCAUUUCAAAUCCCAAUCUAUUUCAUUGAAAUUUCUUGGUUAAGUUUAAUUUUCUCUGGGGGCAUGAUCUUACAAAGAAUACUCAAAUCUUUUUCUUCAUAUGGAAUCAUCGAAACUGCUGUUUAUCAUAAUCACCACUUAUGAGCCUGGGUUUGGGAUUUUUUGCAUGUAGUUCAGUCUACAGUUAGUAGCGUGACAGAAAGUGGGAAGAUGCCGCAGUUUGUUGCCUUGAAACCUAUUCUAAGAGCAAUCCUUGGUUUUGUUGGUACUUUAUUUUUCCAGACCAACACAUCUACCAAGUAAAUUUUAUUCACUUUAAUUUCAUAAUAAAGUUAGUAGAGUCACUCAACUUACAACUUUUUUUAUGUGGCUUGGCAAAAUUCACUAUACUAUUAGGCAGCUCUAAAUUUGCCUUGAUAAGCUAAAUAAGUUACUUUUAUAACUUAUUAAAGCAAAACAAACACAGUGAAACUUUCUUAAAUAUUCUAUCUGGAAUAGGGAUAGGGGAUCUUUUAUUUAUAAUCUCAUCAGAUGAGUAAGUUGUUCACAGAUAUUUUAUGUAUUUUAAUUUUCUCCAAGAAUAUUAUAGAAUUCCAAAGAAUCAGAAUAGUUUCAGAACAAUUUUCAGUGUUAAAAGAGUGGUGUUAUUACACUAAAAUUGGAACACGUCUAAAGGACUUUUAUCUUAUCAGUAGGUUUUGCAUUGAUAUUUCUUUUUAAAUAAACUACUAGUUCUUUAUAUUUCGGCAAAAAGAACUUAAAUUUUAUCAGGAACUAUAAGAUAAAUAUCUAGUGCUUAACAAAUUUUCUGUCCUUAAAUUUAUGUGACAGUGCAAGAUACUUUUUUGCUCUUUUCAUUUAAUGUAGACAUCUUCCAUUGACAUUAAUAAAAGUUAGAAACAGUUUAGUAUAAUAUUUACUCUGAAUUUGAAGAUUUCAUGAAACAAAGUUCGUACAAGAAGCCCACCUUGGAAUUCUGAAGGCUUAUUUUCUUGUUUGAUAACUUUUCUUUUUAACUUAGCUUUUAAGUUGGGAAACGACUUGAUUAAUUAAUAUAAUAUUUUCUAAGGUUGAUCAUCUUACACCACAAAUCAUUAAUUUUGACAGUUCUGCUGAUGAUCCGUAAAUGAUAACCACUGUAAAAGUUUUCAGUAUACAUAGAAAACAAAGAUGCAGGGCCAGUUACAAUAGUCCUUAAGAGAGUUAAAUUAUAGCACAUGUUUUGACAUUGUAAUAUCUUUUACUACUUGAACAUUUAAAUUUCUAAAUGAGAAAGUUAUAUAUACUACUGUAACUGUAGAAGGGAAAAGGGAAAGUAUUUGGUUCUAAAAAACAUUAGCCUUCCUCAUAAAAGUAGCACAAGCCCACUUAUGAAUCACUGAGAAAAAGUGAAAAACCUGAGUUGGCCAAGACCCAGAGCAGCAGUGCAGAUGGCAUUGAACUCUCUGAAUUCUCUUUCAUCUUGUUGAGAAGAAUGCAGCGUAAAGGGACCUUCUUGGUUCCGCAGGAACUUCUCAAGGAAUGAGGAGACAGAACCCCUACUCCCAAGUGCUCUAUUUGUAUUACCCAGAUGACUGAAGCUUAAGAGAAGGCAGGGAAGUAUGCAAGCAGAGCCAGUUCUGGUACAAACAAAGAAUUUGACAGGGACAAUGGAAGGGUCUUCUUUACCACUCCCUACCUUCUGUGUGAUGGAAAGACUAGAGCUUAUAAAAUUACUUCCAUUUUUUUAAUCUCCUGAAUACCAAAGGCAAUUAAAAUCAGCUACAAAUGACUUGCCAGUGUCAUGUUUUAUUUUUGUUAUAGAUUUUUAAAUUAUUUCCUUCAGGAUCAAUUCUUAUCCCAUAUAAUGCUUAGCUUCCAAGAAUGUUCUUUCCUUUCUUCUGUCUUUUACAGCUCUUUGCAUUUUUUAGACCUUAAUACUCAGGUUAAAUAUUCAUUGCAUUUAUAAGACCUUCUGCAAAAAGCCCAGAAAUGGUCCUUUCCAGGUGCCUCUUCAAAGAGCUGACACUUUACCUUGUGCCUUUGGCACAAAUGUGCAGAAUAGAUAGAUCAGUUGGUGCAUAAUAGAAAAAACAGGAAUUUUGAACACUCUUCUUCCUUCUACAUUUAUUUCUCUUCAUUUUAGAAUCACACUUUUUAUGUUAAACCAGAUUUAUUAUUAUUAUUAUUAUUCAACCAGUAUUAAGUUGUUAAAACCAAGAGAAUGGGGCCCUAACCAAAAAGAAGUCUCAACUCGAAAAAUAAGUCCCCAGUCAGGUGGUUCUUACUUUCUUGUGGGUUGCAUAUUUUAUGUCUCUCUAACAUCAACGUAUUCCUGACUUUCAAGCAGAUGUUUAUAUGUAAAAUGAAACCUGGGUAUUGAAAGGAAAUGCGUUCUUUUUAUGGAGUAUUGACCCUGAUCCUCUAUGAUGUCAUAUAGGGCAACUCAGGGCUAUACUUGCUAGAUUUUAACCAAGCAGUUUGAAAUCUUAAUCAUCAUCCUCUCAUCUUCUCCGCUCUCCAUUGCCAAAGUCUUUGUCAAAACUCCAAAUUUGUUGAUAAAAGAUUGUGUUUGCCUUUCUCAUUAUAAUGCAGUUUCUCCUUAAGCCUGGAGUUUUUUUAAUGAGUGCAUGAGUAAAUGAGAGAAUGCGUGAACGAACAUUUAUGAAGUAUCUAAUAUGUGCCAAGCAUUGUGCCUGGCACUUUCAAUCAUUAGAAUGUUUUAUGUGAUUCCACAGCAUUUUCUGUAUGAGAGUAGCUCACAACAUUUUAAACGUUUCCAAUAUGAAUCGUGUUACAAAAUUCUUAAUUUUAUAUUUCAUAUAAAGAGGAAAAAGAAAAGGUUUAUAAUAUAUUUUAAAACAAUGUGUUAUUAUAUAAUACUAACAACUAUAAUUGUAGUUAAUAAGUAAAAUCUCUUGAAAAUGUCAAAGAAAUACUUGAUUUCUGAUGCAACUUUGACUAAAAUAUUUACUUUAGAAAUAAAAACAUUCUUAUUUUGCUAUAUCA